AUGAUGAUGGGCAGGGGAGGCAGAGAUAGAGAGGAAAGGAAUGAGGAGGAGGGCAAGGGUUUGCUGUGGAAGCUUCCUGUUAUCAAAUCCCCGCAACUCGGGAAGGUGGGUCCCGCCUUUGGUGUCGGCGUUGGCUGUGGCUUGGGCUUCGGCGUCGGCCUCCUCGGCGGCUUAGGAUUUGGUCCUGGGAUUCCUGGCUUACAAGUUGGCUUUGGCCUUGGUGCUGGAUGUGGGGUCGGCUUAGGAUUCGGCUACGGCGUCGGCAAGGGCAUUGCUCAUGAUGACCAUCGGAGAUACUCUAAUGUUGGCAAUCUUUUUCAAGGAGCAAAUGUUGGCAUUUCUCGUGCUUCUGGAAAUCUGCCUACUCAGGAUGAUAUUGGUGCACUUGUUGAGGAGCUUGUUGAUAAUACAAAGAAACUUGUGAGAGCUACUACAAGAGAAAUGGACAAGUGGAGAAGAUGA